GUCGACGCUGUGAUGUGUAGUAAUAUCAUUAGUCCACAUUCAAGAGUCACCUGCUAGGGGAGCACACUUUAUCCAGGAAGGUGGUUGAUAAUUAAAGUUAUCUGUACUCGACAGCUCGGACAGACGUUAGUUAGCGGAGAACCAACUGACGCUGGUCUUCGGAAUUUGUCGCUCACCGGGAGGGAAUGGAGAAAGCCAAACAAGAUGCAUUUGAUAGCGCCAGACUCCAAGUGAUCAAAGAUGGCUACGAGAGGGCCUUUGAGUGCAUCAAUAAAGGACUCACAGUAGACGAAGCUGGAGACAAGACGCAGGCCGUGGAGCUCUACAAGCGAGGACGGCAGCACCUUCUCAGGGCCAUCAGUGUGCCUUCGCAGGGGGACGAGUGUGUCGGUGGCUCGUGGGAAUCAGCCAGACAGAUGCAGGAGAAGAUGCAGGAGACGCUGAACAACAUCACCACCCGCCUCGCCAUACUGGAGACCAGCUCUGACCUGCCGUCUGCACCCAGUGCUCCAAACAUGUCUGCACAAGGUCUCUACCCAAAUCUACAAACCAAAGAGAAGCCAGAGAGGCCACCUCCAAUAAAUCAGCUUUCUGCUAAUAGCCAGCCGGCUGGAGCUGUGGGAGGCAGGCCUGCAGGAAGCGGCCUCUCCCCUGUGGUUCCAGCCGAACAGCCUCCAGCUUACUCUCUUCAGGCAGCUGACGGCCAUCUAUCCAUCUCAUACGGGACAGAGUCAGGGGAGAUGUCGUUGGUGGGGGAUGACUUCUACAGUCGCACGUCUAACUCGACACCAUCUCUUCAGAGCGUGGGUGAAGAUGGAGAGGAAAUGCUGUACAUCCCUCAUGGUGUGCAGAUAUUUUAUGUCACACCUGAAGGGCAGGUGAGCGCCCCAUCAUACCCGGGCUACCUGCGGCUGGUGAAGUUUACCAGCGAUCCCUCUGACAGAGCAACAACUCGGCCGCCAGCAUUUCUUCAGGUGUGCGACUGGCUGUAUCCUCUCAUGGCCAUGGACUCUCCAGUGCUGCUGUGCAACACCGGCGUGUUCAUGUUUCCGGACAUGAUGGCGCCAGCUCCAGGCUACUAUGUGGGUGUGGUGCUGUCCUCUGAGCUUCCUGCUGCAGACAGAGAACUGUUUGAGGACCUGCUGUCCCAGAUGACAGAUCUCAGGGUUCAGGCUCCAGAUGAAGCUGCAGAAACCAUUAAUCUCAGCCAGAAGGUGUCUAUUGUUGCACCAGAGGAGAAUGCACCAGAGGAGACUGUACCAGAGGAGACAGAGGAGGAAAAACCUCUGCCCGAAUGGAGUGAAAAGGUGGCAAAUGGGAUCCUGACGGGUGCGUCGUGGUUAAGCUGGGGUCUGGUGAAAGGAGCCGAGUACACAGGCAAGGCCAUUCACAAAGGAGCAUCUAAACUCAGAGAACACAUCACCCCAGAGGACAAACCCGCCCAAGUCAGCCCCACAGUCACCAAAGGCCUCCAUGUUGCCAAACAGGCGACGGGAGGAGCCGUCAAAGUCAGCCAGUUUCUAGUGGACGGGGUGUGUGCUGUCGCUGGCUGUGUGGGUCGAGAGCUGGCUCCACACGUGAAAAAACAUGGAGGCAAGCUGAUCCCAGAGUCUAUGAAGAAAGACAAGGACGGACGUUCAAACAUAGAUGGAGCCAUGGUGGUAGCUGCCAGUGGAGUGCAAGGUUUUGCAACCAUGUGGACUGGUUUGGAAGCAGCAGCCAAGGACAUAACUACAAGUGUAGCAACAGAGACAGUGACCACCAUAAAACACAAGUACGGGGCCGCAGCCGGACAAGCCACAGACCACGCCGUCAAUUCUGCCAUCAAUGUCGGCCUCACUGCCUUCAAUAUUGACAACCUGGGGAUCAAAGCUGUGGUGAAAAAGACUGGCAAGCACACAGCACAGGCUAUUUUGGAAGACUACAAGCUUCAGGAAAAACCGGAGAACGGGAAGCAGGUGCAGAAGUUGGAUAAAUAGCUCGUAGAGUCCUGCUUCAUUUUCUCAGCAAUGCCUUAAAAGAUAAUUUGUAUUUUCUAUUAAAUAAAUCUAUAUUCAAGAAUAAUUAUUUAUAAAACAUACUCUAUAUUUACAAGAUAACUACUGUUAUAUACAUAUCCUAUCGUUUGAUACAGCUCAUAAGCACUUUAAUGUUUUUUAAUAUAAGGUAGAUGGACUUAAGUGUUAACAGACAGGAGAUUAUAUAACUCAAACCAAAACAUUAAUUUAUAUAAUAUAUUGAUAUACAAUAUAAUAUUCAGGUUGUAUCAUUUAACUUGGAAAGUAACAAUUUAACACGUUUGUAUGAAAGCAUUGAAUUGUUCUCGAGUAGAUGCAGGAAUCUUUCAUAAUCUUCAUCAAACAUCUGUGUGUUUUCCUAGUAUGGUAAGAUUAAACUAUAUACUUUAAAUGAAUGGUGAAAAAAUAUGCGUGUGUAUCAAUAUCACUGUCAUGUAAUUCACCAACACUCCAGACAAAAUAUUAUCAGCUCGAUUAUCUUUUGCUGCGGUGUUUCAAAUGUCAAGUAAUCACAGCACCACUGCUGAUUGUGCCUACACAUAUGGAAUGAUAAUGCAAAAAUCUAAUAUUUUGUAAACUUAACACUGUAAAACUUGUCCAUAGUUUGUGAUGGAUUUUUGUUUGAUUUUCAGUACCUCAACUCCAAAUCUGACGAGUGUAAAACUGACAAUACUGAAAAUACUUGUGUCCAGCUGCUACAAUCUGCAGUGCUGUCUAGUGUACUCCAGUUCACUUGUAGUGACAUUUUCAAAACGUUGUUCAUAGUAUUACAUAAGAAUCUAGAUUUCUUCACUGUGAUGUGUGAAACAAAACUUUUAACAAGAUGAGAAUUUUGAAGUUUGAUGCUCACUUUGUUUAAACUUUGAGUGAUCUGGUUUUGUUUUGUUUUUCCAAGUCCAGCUUUAAGCCCUCAGCAGGUAAUUGUAAUUUUCUAAUUGCACACUGAGAUUUGUUUCCCUACUGAAAUACUGAUCUUGAAUAAAGAGAGACAAAGUUAAACAUA